UCAAACAAGCAAAGAAAAGAAUUCACUUCCUCUUUCUCUUCCACUAUUCUCUAUAUUGUUUCCCUCUCUAUCUCAUUCUGAAACUCUUAAGACUCUCUUUCUUAAUUUCUCUCUUCACCAUAAAGUUUUUUAGAAGAAUUGUCACGAUGAUCCAUGUUUUCCUUCUAUUUUCUCUCUGUUUUUCAGAUUAUGGUUUUCUACAAGGAGUUACUUCUCUAGGCAUCAACUACGGUCAAGUGGGCAACAAUUUGCCUCCACCCGACAGGGUUCUUGAUCUCUUAAGUUCCCUUAAGAUCACAAAAGCAAGAAUCUAUGACACCAAUCCUCAAAUUUUAACAACAUUUGCCAACUCCAACAUUGAGCUUAUUGUCACAGUUGAAAACCAAAUGCUACCUGUCGUCAUGGAUCCCCAAAAAGCACUUCAAUGGGUUAGUACCCACAUCAGGCCUUAUUUUCCGGCCACCAAGAUCACCGGGAUCGCAGUAGGAAAUGAAGUCUUUACCGAUGACGACACAUCACUCAUAGGAUAUCUUGUCCCUGCCAUAGUCAGCAUCCAUGAUGCUUUAGUUCAAUUAGGCCUAGAUAGGUACAUUCAGGUUUCGACAUCCAAUUCGUUAGCAGUUCUUGAGGAAUCUUACCCUCCUUCAUCUGGUAGUUUCAAGAGUGAGGUCUCGGGAGCCAUGUCACAGUUUUUACAGUUUUUGUCAAGCACUGGUUCUCCAUUUUGGAUCAAUGCCUAUCCAUAUUUUGCUUACAAGGAUGCUCCAAACAAGAUUUCCCUGGAUUAUGUACUUUUUAACAGAAAUCCAGGAAUGGUCGAUCCUUCCACCAACCUACACUAUGACAACAUGUUAUACGCACAGGUAGAUGCUGUUGUUUAUGCCAUGUUUAGGUUGGGUUAUGACGGGAUCGAGGUGAGGGUUUCAGAGACGGGGUGGCCGUCCAAAGGGGAUCCUGAUGAAAUCGGAGCAACAGCUGAGAAUGCAGCUGUUUACAACAGGAAUUUGUUGAGAAGGCAGAUGAGUAAUGAGGGGACACCUUUGAGACCAAACAUGAGGCUAGAAGUGUAUUUGUUUGCUUUGUUCAAUGAGGAUAUGAAGCCAGGACCGACUUCAGAAAGGAACUACGGUCUUUUUCAACCUGAUGGAACCAUGGCUUACAAUGUGAGCCUCUCUGCCUUGGCAACAACGUCAUCAACAUCAUCAGCUUCCAUUUCUCUUACUUCCUAUGCGACCAAGGCCGCCAAGAUGGAAUAUCAAAGCUUAGUGUACUGGAUGUUUGUGUAUUUGAUGACUUUCCAAGUUUUUAUGAGAAGACAAUAUUAAGCAGAAUGGUGACUGCAUGUAAAUAUUACAUUUUGGUAAGAAAAGAAUUGAGGUUUUCCUUUUUUAGGUCUUUCUGUCCUUCAUGAAGAAAAAAAAAUGAAAGAAAAAAGACCACUUGACAAGACCGACGGUACCCCAAUUUGGCACAAGUUAAUCCACCAAAUUGAACUUCCCCAAAGUUGAUGAUAGUUUCAUGGGUAUCCUUUCAACAUACCAACUUCAACAAAGGAUCAAAUUAACCAUUAUGAUCAAAUGGGCAUAAUUUCAAAACAUACCCUUUUGUGAAUUGGAUUGAUUAUUAUUGAUCAUGUUGAAGAUUAAUGGAACAGAUUAAAGAAAAGCUUUAGCUUGUUUAUUUGUUUCCUAAUUAGAGUAAACAAAGCCAUUCUAUUUCUUUUUAUUGUAGCCGCGCAAGAUGAUGUACAAGAAUUAUUUUCUCAAUUCUCGUAAAAAGAAGUAUUAUUAUUUUUA